GUUUCCUCUGAAAUCAUGCAUAACCAAAGCUCUGUAACUGAGUUCAUCCUCCUUGGGCUUUCACAGAAUCCAAAUGUUCAGAAAACAGUAUUUGUUGUAUUUUUGUUUGGCUACAUUGCAACCAUUGGGUGCAACUUGCUAAUUUUGGUGACAAUCGUCAGCAGCCCAGCACUCCUGGGCUCCCCCAUGUUCUUCUUUCUGGCUUUCCUGUCAUUCCUGGAUUCAUGCUUCUCCUCUGUCAUUGCCCCAAAGAUGAUUGUGGACUCCCUCUAUGGUAGGAAAACCAUCUCCUUCCAGGGCUGCAUGACCCAGAUCUUUGCUGAACACUUCUUUGCUGGGGUGGAGGUGAUUGUCCUCACUGCCAUGGCCUAUGACCGCUAUGUGGCCAUUUGCAAGCCCUUGCACUACACUUCAAUCAUGAACUGCAAACUCUGUGGCAUUCUAAUGGGUGUAGCCUGGACAGGCGGUUUCCUGCAUUCUGCAAUACAAAUUCUCUUUACUUUCCAGCUGCCUUUCUGUGGCCCCAAUAUCAUUGAUCACUUCAUUUGUGACUUGUACCCAUUGUUGGAGCUUGCUUGCAAGGACACACACAUCCUUGGCCUUUUGGUUGUUGCCAACAGUGGGUUUAUCUGCAUCAUAAAUUUCACCUUGUUGCUUGUCUCCUAUGGUGUCAUCUUGCUGUCUCUGAGAACUCACAGCUCUGAAGGGCGGCGGAAAGCUCUCUCCACCUGUGGAUCUCACAUUGCUGUUGUGAUUUUGUUCUUUGUCCCGUGCAUAUUUUUGUAUGCACGACCUCCAUCUGCUUUCUCCUUAGACAAAAUUAUGACAAUAUUUGCCACCAUUCUAACUCCCCUGCUCAACCCUUUGAUUUACACUUUUAGGAAUAAGGAAGUGAAAAAUGCCAUGGAGAAGGUGUGGAACAGAUUGGUGGUAUAUUUUGAGGAAAAUUAA